AAUCUGAAUACUUGGGCUCAUACAUUAAGGAGUCCAUCCCCUCGGCAGCAUUGGAUGUGUUGCCUCCCGAGCCUCUCUGUCAGCCUCUCUACAACCUGACGCGUCUAACAGCGCAUGAAAUCGGGUCUAUAGUGAAUGGAAAGCACUGGUUAUACCUACUAAUAGUGAACACUAAUAAAGAGGGAGAGAAGAGUCCCAACAAAACACAAGUGUUGCACAACACGCGCACCGAUUAUACGCCACCGGCACCAACACAUACCAUACCAUACCAACACAUACACACCACUUGUGCCCCUCUGACACAGCCGUCGCCCAUGAAGUCUAAGUUUUCGUUAAGAGAGUAUU